CGCUGGACGACGACAUCCCGUAUCAACACCCAACAACCGGACCACGUUGGUUGAAUGCUGCACGAUAGAAAGAGCAAGGGAUAACGACUUGAAUUGCGACUGCACGGAUAUCACAAAAGCGAAAGCAAGCCUCUAUUCCGACCGUCAACCUUUGCCUCUCCCUGCGUCUCACUCGAUAUUUCUACACCAUGGCAACCGAAAACACCGUUCCUAUCACGGUAGAGUUCACCGGCGGUCUUGAGAUGCUCUUCUCCAACCAGCGCAAGCACAACAUCCCUUUACCCGACAAGGAUGAGAGUGGCUCACCUGCCAAUAUCGCUUUCCUCGUGCGCUAUCUCUGUGAGCAUAUUAUGGAAGACCACCGGAAAGAACUGUUUGUGCUGGACGACACCGUGCGACCUGGAAUUUUGGUGCUCAUCAAUGAUGCCGACUGGGAACUGGAGGGCGAGGACAAAUACGAACUGCAGAAGGGGGACAAUGUCCUCUUCGUGUCUACGCUUCACGGGGGUUAAAACGUCAUAUUGCGUUUGUUCCUCAAGGAAAACAACCGCAAUCGUGACUGACUAUGUGAAUAUCACAAAUCAAACCCGUUCCGUACAGAAAUACAGAGGUAAAAUACCCUACCUCGCAUUCUAUAACCACCGAUUGAGCAUUCCUUCGAACAAGGCCAGCCUAUCAUUGUACUCUGAAAAACAAAGCUGGUUAUUUCCAACUUUGUUUCCCAGACUUCAUUAGUUUUCUUUAACAAAAAAAGUCCAUGCGACCUCAAUGCCGAAAAAUUAUUGCAUGUAAUGUAACUGCGUACUUUUUCCAGAAUCUGCC